GUCUAGGCAACUUAAUGCAUAUGACGAUUAACUACCGAAUACUCGGUUCCGGCUCGUGAAGAUACUUAAUCGUACUCGCUACAAUGCUAGAGGAGCUAGAUGUACGUUCAGUCACGGGUUCAUACAGAUGAAAUAAGAACCAUGUUUCUCCUUAAAUUGCCAUGGAUAUUGCUUUUGCCUAUACACGUUGCUUCGGGCCUAAACAUCUUAUUUCCGCCCCAGGAAUUCUCGGAGACAGAUGUGCUUGGAUAUAAUAUACCUUUCCUUGACAACGGACUAAACGUGAAUCGCUCAGUGGGAGAGGUUCUUACCGGUGAUGCUCCAAGUACCGCGGGGGAGACGAAGUUGGAGGUAGAUUCACAACCCGUAUGGGAAGAGGCAUUCUUAUCGGAGCAAGAAGUGUCGAGUAUAGGGCAAGAAGACUUGCUCCCUUUAGAAGAAGAAUUAAGGAGUAGGAAAGAAGAAUACGAGGAAACAAUGAGUAUGGAAAGCCUGGGGGUAGACCAAGGAAGUGAAGAAGCCGUUCCUGCAGAAUUGGAAGCUGUUAAAUCCGAUGUCUUGCCCCAGCCCAUCUCCCAAGGAGAGAGCUAUGUUCAAGCAGUUGACCCAAUACUGAAACUUGCCCAAGAAUCUUUUCACGAGGGCUUAUUGCCUAGCAGGGGUUCAGGUUUAAGCGACUUGCCCUCCACUGCCAAAGUUGUCCCAUUUGAGCCAUCGCAGUAUACCUCCUUGACAAAAGAUUACGAAGAUUCCUUGGAAAAAAUUCAUACUUUACAGCCCUUGGCGGAAUCAAGAAACCCCGUACUUGGAAAAUCAGUCCGAGAAGGUGAAGAUUCUUGGAAACUUUCAAAGCUUGUGGAACUUCCAGACAUGGAACCCCAGUUAGCUGCGUAUCCCGUGGAACCAUCAGAUCUGGCAAACCUGUAUCUGUUAACCAGACACGAUACACCACCCCAAGGAUUCCACCAAGGAUAUGAUGAAUCAUCUCAAGAAUUCCACCGAGAACAUGAUGGACUAUCUCGAGGAUUCCAGCAGGAAUACCGCACGCCAUCGGAAGGUUUCCGUCUGGAGCAUCGUAAUAUGCAAGACCCGGGAAUUAUCAUUGGUAAAGAUGGUGCCACGGGACCCCUGUUCCACAUGCCAAUCACCCAAGAGCUUCAACAGAUUGAAAUAGUCCCAGAUAGGCCGAUGAACGGCGGUACCGUGGACCCUUAUGCCGUUAAUGCCGUAGGGCCAUUUGAUAAAAAUUCUGACCCUAGCAUCGUUCCGCAUCGCUCAACCACACCUGUUUCUUCUGUUGGGUCCAGCACUCUCUACAAGGGGAAUGUUUACCAAGAUUCAUCUCCAAAAAGAGUGGGCCAGCCCAUCAAGGACUAUUCACAGCAAGUACCCGAGGUCGGUGGGCCCUUUUCCCACUCACCUCUGCCAGAACUGUUCCUUAUCUCGAAUCCGCCCCACGAUGGGAACUCGCCACCAUUAUCCCUGCUGGAUCAUCGGAGUGGACACAUCGGCGAUAACCUUAACGAUUUCCCGCCUAAUCGUGAAACUUUUGAGAACCGGAUUCCCGCGUAUCAGUAUGAUUAUGCAAUGGCAAAAGAUCGGGAGAGAGCUUUAAACCUGCAACUAAGCCAAGGCUUAUACGGACGGCCAGGUUAUGAUAAGAUUCCCUUACGUUUAGAAUUAGCCGGCGAACCUCAGAACUUCGAACCUAGCAGGGCUUAUGAUCCUUCGUUGCAUCCUUCAGCCGAAGAAUCCAACUGGGAAGGCGCAGUUCAUUCCUCUAACGAAUACACUGGAAACAGUAACCCGUUCUCUAUCGUGAGAGGCCCAUUGAUCAUGAAGCCGGCUGUAGAGCAAGACGCAUCCAACAAUGACACCGAGCCAAACCCGCCGCGGAACCACACCGGAAAAUACACCCGAAAGAAGAGACCAGUAAGAUUAAAUGCUCCAUUCUCCAGAGAAAACUACAACUUUGACACUUAUUACGACAAAGGCGACGAUUUGGAGAACUGCGCCGGGCCUAACCUGGAUGCGCGGUCAUGGUCGUUUACGGGAGCGGUGGUGCUCAUCGCCGUAACUACGAUCCUACUCUAAUAAAAUGGGGCUGACUAAAGUAUCACUGUAACCAUUCGAUAUAACGGUUAAACCAAAUAUAUCACCACAAUCGGACGUUAUCGGACGAUUAAACCAAAUACACUUAACAUGCUAUAAUUUCUCGGCUCUAGCUCUGCAACGCGCGUAACCGUUCUCGCAUCUCGUU